UAAAUCUUAGGUAUAGUUUUCUUAAUGCAGUUGCAACUGCGUGCCGUAUGCAGUCAAGUUUAGGAGUCACCACUUCGAUUUUAAACACGUUGAGUAUCAGAGCCACCUGCCAGGGAAAUGAUAUCAUCUUUUCCGUUGGAUUUUAAGUGUUUCUGUAGAAGAUUAUCAAGCAUCAUACCCUUUAUUAGUGUGAUUUAACCCAUUAGUGAAAAACAGUUCCAAGACAAGAAAGUGAUGGACUAAUCAGCCACCCCACUUGAGAAAGAAUGGAUAUUUAUACAUCUUAUGAGUUUUGUGAAAUAGGACAUUCAGGAAUGUACGUACUUUGAUACUGGUUCCUAAAUUCCCAACAGAUACUAGAUGGGGGGAAGACUUCUAGAAAUAGGCAACAAUGCUAUCACAAUAUUAGCAUAUGAUGAGCGUUACCAGCAAUUAACUCGGUGACAAUUCGUAUCGAGUUAUAAGCUAUAACCGAGUAGGGCCUAAAUGCAUAAAGAGCUUGCCGAGCCCCAAAAUAAAUCUUCCGAAGAAAACCUUGCGCAAGCAGCGUGAGUGCUCACCCUAUGAGCACUAGAACCGGUUUGCUACUUGAAAUCCGAAGUCCAACGUUGGCUGAAUGCUCGACUUCCCGUUUGGGAAUUGCGAUAAGCUUUGGAGUUUUUUGUUUCAAAAAAUACUCAUUUACGAGGAAAGCUGACAUCGAACAACAUGUUGCAGUGGUUUAUCUUAUUAACUUUUUUCGUUGAAUUUGGCAGUGGACAAACACAAAUCCCUCCAGGGUGUGAGGUGACUACUACUACUGGAUAUCGUUACUCGCAGUUCUAUCACUUACAUUCUAGUCCGGAUGGAACAAUGGAGUUACGUUUUCGCGUCAUGGCCAAAAGUGACGCUCAUAUUGUUCUUACGACAUCUCCACUUGUGUUGAAUCCGCUUUACGAGAUUGUGAUUGGUGCAUCAGGCAACAACUAUACAGAUUUAAGAAGAACCAUGACAGGACGUUCAGUCAGUGCGGUGAAAACGCCUUCAUUACUUUCUGACUCUGAAUUUCGAGGAUUCUGGGUUUUAGUACGCCAAGGCGAGAUUGAAAUCGGAAGAGAAGGCGAGACAUUACCUUAUUUUCAUUGGAAAGACCCUGAUCCGUUGCCUGUUCAUUAUUAUUCCCUAUCAAGCUGGACUUCUACUGUAGCCAAAUGGAUUCAAAACUGCAAUUUCGGAGAAAAAACGUCAUGGCUUACUCCACCAGACAAUUCGUCUUCGGAAGAUGCUGGGGCUACACCACCCCAAUCAGGUGAAUCGUAUUACAAUGCUGAAGAGAAGUUAAAAGCAAAUUUGCUUUCAAGUUACAACAAAGACGUCCGACCUUCUUCCUACCACCGUACCCCAGUUUCUGUCUUCCUAGGACUGGGCCUUUUCCACUUCGACCUUAGUGAAAUUAUGUCAAGUUUUGAAAUCCAUGCUGCAUUUCGAAUGGCGUGGAGAGAUGAACGUCUCCAAUGGAAUGCUAGCGCUUAUGAAAACGUUACGGUCCUCCAUUUCCCGAGUCACGCAAUAUGGCAACCUGAUUUAAAAUUGUACAAUAGUAUCAGUGCCGCCGACAUCAUUCAUUUGGGGGAAGGGGCUUUAAUUAUGGUUUACCCUGAUGGUGGAGUUCUUUUGGCCCCCUCGACCACGUCAUUUUCAUCACAGUGCCAUCUCGGUAAAACCAAAUAUGUAGUUCAAAGACAACGGCUUUCAAUUUAUCUCAGAAUGUGGCCGUGGGAUAGGCAAACUUGCACGUUAAUGAUUGGAUCAUGGACACAAAGCGGUUGGGGGAUUGAUCUAAAAUUGUACGACAAUUACGACGAAAUAGGCGGGAUAAUAGAGUACGCCUUGAACACGAAGGAUCUUUUCACAACUAACUUACAGUGGGAACUGCUGAGUUCAAACGCCAGCAUGAAGUUUCAUUCUUACGGUGAAUGUUCGGAAAUUCAUGGCUGUCCCGAUGAUCAGUAUCCAGUUGCACAUUUUACCUUUGUUAUUCAACGAAGAUCUCCGUUGUACCGAGCAACAGUCACUGUGCCGGCCAUAAUGAUUACUAUUCUGACACUAGUUGCCUUCAUUCUCCCGCCAAACUCUACUGAAAAGGUGCUAAUUGGCUUGGUAGACUUGCUAAUUCUCAGCGUAUUUCUGGUCUACUUUAGCAGUUUACUACCUCCCAUGGGUGAUCAUAUGCCUCAUAUCGUAACCUUUUUGUCAAACACAUUGAUUCUGGUCGCCUUGUCACUAGUGCUGGCGGUAGUAACAAUGACCAUGGUUAGAACACCAAGAAUAUACGGCCCCCCUGCUUGGGCCAAAAGUAUUAUCACGGGAUUACCCGGAAAAUUAUUAGGAUUGGGCCACAUUAUUACUCUGGUAAACCAUGUUAGUAGUAACAGAGGAUCGCAGCAACAAGGCAUGGAUGAUUACACUCUCCAUGUCGAUUCGGGUGAUCAUGAUGUAAACCUAGUCAACACCUCUGCAGAUCGACGCGUACCGGUUACACAUUUCCGUGGAGCAACCAAAGACAUGAAUCCAGCCGAACUGGAGUGGCUUCUACUAGCUUAUGGCUUGGACCGAUUGGCAUUUAUACUAUAUAUCCUCUUUUUCUUUAUUAUGAUGGCUAUGUGUUUUUGAAGGCUCCCAUAUUUUUGGGCAUCCGCUUCAGUAUGUCGUGCUGUACUAAUAGUUUUUAGACAUAAUAUGCGAUUAAGAAGUUUGUGGUUUAUUAUUUCUGGGUUCGGCCCCAUAUUCAUUGUAGUAGUCAUUAACAAAAAGAAAAAAAGAAAAAAAAAAGGGGGGGGGGCAGGAAUGUCCCUAACACUUGUUUACAGUAGGUAAGCAUCAUUGCGCUGUGUUGUAAAAUAUAGCUCCUAUGUAAAAAAGUAGUUUGCCGAAUCUGGCAGAUAUCCAGUAACCCGAUUUUGGUACAAAAAGUCGGGCUUUAAAUUUCCCGAUAGUUCCCGAUAGCGAUUCUGUAUAGAUGAGGUGAUAUAGUACACCACCGACCCGAUUUUUUUACGAUAUUUCUCUCAAUAGAUGUCUUUCUUUGUAAUAGUUCUCAAUAGAUUUCAUAGAUGGCGCUAGCAGU